CUCUUGCAGACGAAACCAUGUCUCUCGCGAUCCCAGCCCAGCCGCCCAACCUCAACCUCAUAGAUCAGGACGACAAGAUCCGCACUCAUGGCAUACUUUUGAAUUGUUUAAUUUUUUUUAUGAAAUUCUCCACUCUGAAAAUAUGAGCUUUUGGCUUGUUCAGUAGAAUUUGAUUUAAGAUAUAUAUAGCUAGGGUUUAGAGUUUAGUGUUUAUCCAGAAUUUUUUUUCCUGGAUUUUUUGAAUAGCUGAUGUGCAAAAGGGGCAAUUGUGCUGGAAAUAGCUGACAGAAAAUUUAUGUUGUAUAAUUCUACAUCUUGUGUGGCCAAUAUACACGGUAGUCGAGUCCAAUAUUGUGGCUUUAAGUGCCCUUAUAAUUGAUAGCUGCUGUCUUAGAGGAAGAAGCUGAUCAUGGAUUGCCAACAUAAUUUUAUGUGUGUGUGUGUGUGAUUAUAAUCGGACGAAACGAGAGUUGUUACUUAUCGAUCCUUUUAUCUGGUUUAGUUUGAUUAGGUUUCCUAUUCCUAGUUUGGUUGUGUUCCCUAGUCCAAUUUGGCUUAUGAUUUCUACUUUACUAUUCAUUAUAUAUUCUCUCUGAAUACCUCCAAGAUCAUGAUCUUCUGAGUUUUGUCGUCGUCAAUGGAUCCACAAACAGGUACCGGCUCAAAAGGCUCGAAGCUUGCUGGAAUGUCUUUGACUCAACAAUUUGACGACUUGUCGCUGGCUCUGCCUCUCCCUCAUGAACAAGAAAAAGAAUCAGCAAAGGAAGAAGAAGAAGAAGUGGAUGAAGAGGAUGAAGACGAUGAAGAAGAAGAACAAGAGGAUGAAGACGAGGAAGAAGAAUUUGACGUUUGUGAUGUUUGCUUGAAGGACAAGGAACACUGGACAUUUGAUUGCCCGUACCUGGAUCGCAUCCCGAACCCAAAGACGACAACUGUUGGCAGUGGCUAUGCAAUAGUUUGUAGAGGAUGCUAUGCGUUGGGUGGCCAUUCUGAAUGGGACUGGGUAGGACGUGCCGUUAUGAAGUCUUGUUGUAUUUGUGAGGUACCAGCUUCUCACUGGAGUUACGAAUGCCCAAAAAAUCCUGACCCCAGAAGGUAUGACAAUUCGAAAAACCAUAAGGUGUUGAAGCAAGAGAUCUAUAGUGUCGAAUGAGUACUCCUUUUCAUUAGUCAGCUCUAAGAUAAACUAUGUUAUCCCCUUGCAUCAGAAUUUUAUCCGGUGGUUGAGAACACAGUACUAUUGUGCCCCCUGUUAUG